GCACUUGGAGGAAUCUCGGUCUCGCGUGCGAGUGGAGAAAUGCGAGGUCUGUUUCUAGUUUCUUAGGUGGAUCAUGAUAAACCUGACAACUAAACUGCAUGACACUUGCCAACCGGUUCAAAAUGGUCAUGGAAACAUUGUCUAGGUUUUCCAUUAACUAUUCUUCAACCCAAGUUUUAUAGUAAACUUUCGGAGUUGUAUAUGCUAUCUGAUACACUAUAAACGGGAUGCUGGAAGCUCGGGAGUGCUCACUUUCGUCGUUGGGCGCAAGACGGUUUCUAAGAAUUGUACUUCGGGUUAUUAUAUUAUCAUCUCUUCUCUUUCUGAGAGCGACGAGAGCUCAGGAUGACACCACUUCAACCGACACCGCAAUGCCUGACAAACGAUCCCUAACAGAAGAAGACAGCGUUGGAGAGUACUGGGGUGUUGAACCAUACAAUCUUCCUGCUUUUGAUAAUAGUACGGCAAAAAACGUGUCAACUCAACUUGGUCAAACGGCUUUUCUUCACUGCAUUGUUGAUAACUUGGGAGAUAAAACGGUAUCAUGGAUUCGAAGGAAAGACUUUCAUGUUCUCACUGUUGGAACUGACACAUACAUCAGUGAUGACCGUUUCCAAACCGUCCGUACAAGUAAUGGUAAUGACUGGGUUUUGCAGAUAAAGUUUACUCAGUUGAAGGACCAAGGUAUUUAUGAGUGUCAAGUGAGCACCGACCCAAAAAUCAGCUUUUUCGUAAACCUGUCAGUCCUGGUGGCAGAAGCUUCUAUCAAGGGUGGCCCCAAAAUCAUAGUGGAGAGAGGAAGUUCAAUUGAAUUGACUUGCGUGAUUAGCAACAGCCCUGAACCCCCUAUCUUCGUCUUCUGGUACCAUGAUAAUCGAAUGAUCAACUACGAUUCAAAACGUGGAGAUAUUUCUGUUCAAAAAGCAGCGGCCAAAACAAUUAUAAGUAAAUUGUAUAUCAAAGAUAUUGGAGAAGCAGAAAGUGGAAAUUAUACCUGCGGCCCUUCAAAUGCUGGACCCACAAGUGUUUCUGUUGUCAUAUCAAAUGGAGAAAAACCAGCGGCUAUGCAACAUGAUGGGAAUAGUUCACCGUUGAAUGGAGUUCAAACAAGAACAUCAUUAUUGUGGCAUUUUCUUUUGUUUCUUUCUCUGAUAAACUACGUGACCAGAUGAUUAUGAAAAAUACCACAUGUUAUCGUAUACUGCUCAACUAACCUAAAACCAACAACUUGCGAUUAUUUGGUAGAUUUAUAAAGUCUCAAGCUUUCUCUAACUGAACUCAGGUGUGUUCCACACGUUCUCUCAUUUGAUACUGCAUCCGAAAAUUGUGGAAGUUUGUGACAUUAUUGAAUAAAUACAAAGACGCCUUUCAUCCAAAUAAAGUGGCGUCGUUUACUUUAUAAAAACAAAUUCUUCUUAAGCAGUAUAAUGAUUUGAAUAUUAAACAUCUCCCCAGUGCAUUGAGCUGUAAAACAUACAUCUUAAUAUAAAAAUACAUUUACACAUGUGUUUACAAAUACUGCUCUCUAUAUAAAUGUGUUUUUCUGUAGAAUGCAUGUAUGAGAACCGUCUUUUGAGAGAUAAAUGUGUGGUAUAUAAAGGGUUUACUCUUCAUUUUUACAGUUUCAAUGAAUUUUGAAUUACUCCCUUUUUAGCAUAAACGUUAAACCUUAAAUAUGUAAAGGAAAGUCUAUGAUCAUCAAACAAAAAUCUUGUAAAGAUGACUUAAAAUAAGUUUUCAUAUACGUGAAAAGAUUUAAUGCACAAUAAAGCACAGAAUGUUAAGUUAAUGAAAGUUGUUAUAUGUGUACAUAUUAUGGAUGUAAAAAUUUCUGGGAACUUUGUGUAUACUUUGGUUUGUGGAAUAUCAUAUCUUCAGCUAUAAGAAGUACAAUAAAACAAAUACCGCUAUAAAGAUUUUUUCUUUCUUGCCUUGUGUUGCUUCACAAUAUUUUCCCAUGGCACAGUAAAACAGGUGCUGCUGUAACGUUUUUUUUCAUUCCUACCUUGUGUUGUUUCACAAUAUUUUCCCAUGCUUUAUUCAUUUGCCUACGUUAGAUAUAUAUCUCUCUCUGUAGCUCUUACUGUCUAGGAGUUCCGUCAUUGAUCUGCUAAGAAAAUAGAAGCAUACUGUAAUGUCAUACUCGGUGUUCAUCGAGGUCUUUUUCCCUAGCUUAUAAAACCCGUUUACUGGACAAAAAUAAGAUGAAACCAUUCUGUUAUAUUAUAAGCUUUUGUCGAUGAAAAUAUUGACUGUAGGGAAUAACAUAUAUAUAUAUAUAUAUAUAUAGAUAAUGUGACCUAACUUGCACGAAAAUUCGAACAACUCGAUUAUAUGAUAAAAUUUGUUGUAUCAUAGUUUUCACGUCGAUCUGUAAAUGUUGUUGGAAUUAUUUUGGUGUACUUUGUUUCGCUAAUGUUAGUUACAUCUGUUAUAUUUAUAUUUUUUCUGCUCUUUAUGAAUUAAAGAAAACGCUUAUUUGACAUAGACAUUGUGAAGGAAAUGUAAACCGUCUGUUGUUAGUAAAUCCUAGGUACUUGAAAGUAGGCCAUACAAGUAACAAUGGAUUGGAAUUUCUUUAGACUGAAAUUUUAUAUUGUGUCCAAACGUUCUAUAAUACAUUCAAAUACAAAAUGCUCAAGCGUAUGGAAUUAAGAUUUAUAUCAGGAGGUUAAUUUGAAAUGUAAAUAUUCCAGAGAAGCCUUAAAUAUUUUAUAGCAGAAAGAACAUGGUAAAAGGUUGAUAAAUAUGAUACUAUCCUUGGCAAUUGUAGUAAAUUUUGCUGUAAUAACUGAAACAUGCUCUCGUAGUUUUUUCUGGAUAUAAAUUAAUUAUAACUUAAAUAUUGGUAUAGGAAAGUGUGGAAUCCUAUACGUUAAUUUUUGUUAUAUAUGCUCAACUUACGAAAGUAUAAUCUCAAGCAAAAUCAAAUAUGGACAAUAUAAUCUUUACUCAAAAAUAUUUUCAAGCCAGGAAUUUAGUAGAAAUAACUACACGACCAAAAAGCGUUUAUAUUAUUUUUUCUUUCAGUAGCUUUUGAUGUUUAGGCUUUAUGCUACGUAAUUACUU